GCAUUUACCGCCAUGUGCGGUAAAUGCCAGUUAUCGAAGAAGAAUAGCCUAAGCGCGAUAACUCCCCUGUCCUCAACCAAAUUUCCAAAAUAGCCCCAAGCCUUAAAUGCGCUUGCGCACACAUCCUCUUCGCUCGACGAUUUUGAUCAGACAGCAUCAACAGAAAAAUCACCUCCAAGUUGCAACCCAUUACGUGGAUUACUAUAUUGUACAGGUAUCGUUCCACCGGUCAUCGAAACAUGCUCCGUGCAAAAAGGACUACAAAGUCUCCAUAUGCCAGGCCCGGCCGAGCUCCAGCUGCCACCAAAAAGGCCAAAGCAUCCAGGCCUCCAAGCACCGUGACUCAACCGAACCAGGUCACCACUGCUACAAGCACCGUGACUCAACCGAACCAGGUCACUCCUGACGCCAUACCUCCAGCCUUAUCAAACCAGCCUACAACUUCCUCAGGAAUAGACAUCCCUGACCCCUUAGAGUUUGAGGCAUCGCCAACAAUGCUUUCUACAGGUACUUCAGGCAGCACUAAUACAUUAUCUAAUUCAAGUGCAACAACACCAAAUUCAUUAUGUAGCGUUUCAGACGCAUUGGGCGUCCAUGUCCCAGACAACCUGAGACAAAACAUAUAUGAUAAUGCAUUCAUUCACUUGCAUAAAUUACUUCCUCUCAAACCAAAUGACGAGCCCCAGCAACAGCUCGCAUUUGUUGCUGGCGAAUUAGUGCUAAAGGCUAAGCAUAAAGAAAUCAAAAUAACUUCAAUUGAAACAUGGACAAAUGCUUUCCUCAUUUUCAGCAGCAUUUACUUGACUAAGUUCCCUGAACACAUUCAAUCAAUCCUUAAAUACAUUAACAUCAUACGCACUGCUGCACAGCGAUCAUCAAACUUAAACUGGCUCAAUUAUGACAUACAGUUUAGACUAAAGCGCUCCAGGAACCAUACUCUCGACUGGGGGUGUGUCGACGCAGAAUUAUGGCUCUUGUAUGUGUCUCAUGGCCACAACACUCUAUCACAGCAAACCCCAAAUUAUACAACUAAAUCGCCAAAAUGCUUUGACUUCAAUUACAAAGGCACAUGCGGAAGACCAUACUGCACUUAUCAACAUGCUUGCAUUAAAUGCUCCAAUAAUCACCCACUCAUAAACUGCCGCUGGCACAACAGUCAGGCAUUUCGCACAGAAAACUUCCGCCCAUCCCAAGCCGAACAUCCCCGCCAGCCCCCAAGCAGAUUUCAGAGUAGAGGGUUCCCCCCAAACCAACCAAGGCCUCUGGGACUUGGCCCCAACCCCAGUCAACGUUAACAUCCUAAAAUCAAUGCUAAAAGACUACCCCUUGCAACAUAUUGCUCAUGAAUUAAUCAAUGGUUUUCAAUAUGGUUUCAACAUUUGUUAUUCGGGUAUACGGGAAUAUCAAAAAUCUAAAAACAUGAAAUCUGCACAAACAAAUUCACAGCAGCUCCAAGAAAAAAUUGAUCAAGAGGUUAAAUUAGGUAGAGUAGCUGGGCCGUUCAAGAAUAUCCCCAUGUCAAAUAUCAAGUGUAGCCCAAUAGGCAUUGUUCCCAAAAAGCAAGGGGGGUGGCGUAUGAUUUGUAACUUAUCUGCACCAGAGGGAAAUAGUGUUAAUGACUUUAUAGACCCAG